AUGGACGCAUCGAAAUCCCAAGAUACAAUGGUAGCGAGCGCCGCGCCUCUCACAAAUCCAUUGGCUUUUCAUAUCACAGAUUGGGUUCCAGGCCCUACAGGAAAUCCACUUUUCAUGGGCACCUCAUCCAGUUGGGCCUUCGGUCGGCGAGUGUUGGAGAUGACCCACGAAACAUUGACUGGAUCGCCUCUGUUCCAAGACCCGGAAAAUCUCCUUCUUGAUGAAAACGUCUAUGACCUCAAAUGGGAUGGGAACAGAGCAAACUGCCCUCAGGAAUUGUUUGAUACUUCAACCCUUCCAACCCAAGACUUUGCACUAUAUCUUAUCACCUCAGUCAAGUUCCAUUGUGGGCAACUUUUCUAUUUGUUCGAUGAGACUAAAUUCAUGGAUCAGUUUGCACGUUUCCAUCAAAACCCGGCAGAAUUCGCUCGCUCUUCUCCUUUGUGGUUUUGCCAUUAUCUUUUAAUCCUCGCAUUUGGCAAAAGCUUUGUGGUUCAAUCUACUAGGUCAAAGAAUCCACCUGGCGGCGAACAUUUUGUUCAAGCCAUGAAAUGUAUGCCAGACUUUACUUUUUAUCAAGGAAACCCUAUCGAAAGAAUACAGAUCUUAUGCUGUACGGCGUUAUACUUACAAUGCGUCCAAAGCCGCUCGCCAGCUCAUCGUAUGAUCGGUACCGCUCUUCGGUUAUCAUUGGAGCACGGGAUGUAUACCGGUAUGCAUGGUGUUUGUCUUGAGGAUGACUAUAUACAGCGAUGCCGCUUGGUAUGGUGGACCGUAUACGUCCUUGAACGCCGCAUGUCAUCCCUAUUAGGCGUGCCCUUUGGGAUCUCGGAGGAAAGCAUAAGUGUCUCGCUUCCUUCGAAUUCCAGACAUUUUCCAAAUUCGAAUGCAUUAAAGAUGCAGGCUAAGUUAUGUCAAAUACUCGCGAAAAUAGACUUGACCGUCUACGGCAAGGAAGGAAAGAUAGAUCGUCGCUAUAUUGGCGCCACUCAGGCCGUACUACGUGAUAUUGCCAAGAUCACUGAGCAGCUAAACACUUCAUUCGAUUUAUAUGAAAAUGGAUCUACGCAGGGCAUCUCACGGGUCUCAGCCCACUUGCAUCUUCUUGGGCAUCAGUGUAUUGUUUUGACAACACGUCCACUUUUAUACAUAUUUCUUCAGUCCAAAUUGGGUCUGUCUGAUACUGCACUCAUGGGUUGGCUUGAGUCUGGAACUGUGAAAUCCCUUAUUCAAAUUUGUGUUGAGUCGGCUCAACAAAGCCUCCGAAUUCUGUCAAAAUUAUUGAAACAGGGACUUUUGGAUGCUGUUUUCACGUCAACGAUUCCGCUAUUGAUGACCGCUGCAAUUAGUCCGAUAUUGCUAGCUGAUCAUUCGCCUUGGUCACAAUGUGCCUACGAUAUUCUAGAUGACAUGAAUGCCCGUGGGAAUCUGGCUGCUAGAUUGAUUCAAUCAGAAUUGAGACAAUUAGAUGCUGGGCUAGCCCAAAUACGGAUCAGAGAUAACACGGAGCUUACUGUGCCUGCGAGCGCCUUGUGUGAGCUGGGGGAGCCAAUAGAUGUUGUUCCUCCGAGCACAUCGACUGGAUAUAACCCUUCGUUGGAGCCUGAUCUUGCACAAAGCUUUGCGCAACAUUACGAACUUAGCUCGGAUCAACUUCUCGAAUUGGCUAAUUCUCUAGAUAUUGACGGCCUGACUUUUCCUGUCUCCUCUUUGAGUGGUUAUUUCUCUGAUAACGAUAGCUAG